UCGUUCUCCGUAUUGAGGACGUCAUAAUAGAUGCGCUGCUGGGAGAGAAAGGAGGUUGCUUGGUGCAUUGUGCGACUCAGGAUACAGCUUAACAGAGAAUAGUACAUGUGUACAAGUCGUAUGUGUACCAGGGAAUCUGCAGAUGGUAGCAAAAUGUCAAUGCCUAUUAUAAUUAAAUGGAGUGGUCAGGAAUACUCCAUAUCUACCCUUUCAGAAGAGGAUACCAUAUUGGAUUUGAAACAGUUAAUUAAAACUCUUACAGGUGUGCUACCUGAAAGGCAGAAGUUGCUUGGUCUUAAACUCAAAGGCAAGCCAGCUGACGAUGAUGUGAAGAUUGGAACUUUAAAACUGAAACCAAACACAAAAAUCAUGAUGAUGGGGACCAGAGAAGAAAGCCUGGAAGAUGUGUUGGCACCACCUCCUGACAGUGAUGAAGUAAUUAAUGAUUUUGACAUUGAAGAUGAAGUUGUUGAAGUUGAAAACAGACCACAGGUCAUGUGCAGAGACUGGUGUGGAAUUAAUGAGACCUUACCUUCACGAGUUCCUGACAUCUGCAUAUGAAGACUAUGACAUUGUAAUAUGGUCUGCCACCAGUAUGAAGUGGAUUGAAGCUAAAAUGAAAGAGUUGUGUAUCACUACAAAUCCAGAUUACAAGAUAACAUUUAUGCUUGAUAGUGCUGCUAUGAUCACAGUGCAUACGCCAAGGAGAGGAGUGGUAGAGGUGAAGCCUCUAGGUGUGAUAUGGGGAAAAUUCCCAGAUUUUUACAAUAGGCAAAACACUAUUAUGUUUGAUGAUAUUGGACGAAACUUUCUGAUGAAUCCACAGAAUGGACUAAAGAUAAAACCAUUCAUGAAGGCUCAUCUUAAUCGAGAUAAGGAUAAAGAGCUACUAAAACUGUCACAGUACCUCAAGGAAAUUGCAAAACUAGAAGACUUGUCUGAACUUAAUCAUAAACAUUGGGAAAGAUUCUUAUCAAAGAAGCAAGGGCAUUGACUUAUCAGAAGACAUUGUAGAAAGCACGUGGAGAUAGCACUGUGUCAGUCUAGUGAACGUCCUGGGAGUUGUGAUUUUGAGCAGCGUUUUUGCUGGAUACCUCAUCAAGAUACCCGAAGAAGCUACAUUUUACUACGUCUUCCAGCUUGUCAAAAACAUUGUAAUAGAAAGAUUGAUAGUAGGACUUCGGGUCCAGCAGUCCUGUACUAUAUCAAAAACUUUUUUUUUUGUAAUAUUGUUGAGUUCCACAUAUUAUUUAUUUCUGAAUUGCUUUGGGGAAGAAAAACACUGCUGGACAGAUCUGUAGUUCUCAUUAGACACACCCCAUGCAUAAUACCCUGCUGUGGGAACAGCAUAUUUUCUUGAUGACUUUUACUGAUUAAAAUUUGAAAGAAAAA